AUGGCUGGGCAGUCCAUUGACUCCGACGUGGAGGUGUGGGAGUCCGAGGUCGAACAGGAGGUAAUCAAGUCACGGCCAACCCCUUUGUGGUGCUUUUUCGCUGGGCUCGUGGUUAAAGUGAAAGGGAAAAAGACAACCCUAGACGAGGCUCCUAUCCCCGUGACAGGGCCGCACUCCACUUUCUUUGAUGCAGUCGCCUGCGUGGUGACGGGGUUAUCCUCCGUGGUCUCUGCAAGUCAAAUCAUGCGGAUACUGGUGGCUGGGAAAUUCCUACUGUCAACACAGCCGGUGCUUGUGAGCCGAGAAGACCCGGAUUCCAGGAAGAAUACCUGGAAUGAGAUUCUCAAGCAAGUGACAUCCAGGAGCAAAUACCCAAACACCCUGGACAUGGUGACCUGGACCUAGCAGGGGUUUACAGGCUUCCAGGCCUGUAUGUUGACCCUGAGUCAGCCCUUCACCGGGGUGGAAGUUGAAUUUAUGCCUGUUUAUAUCCCAAAUGAUGAAGAAAAAAAAGACCCCCUCCUUUUUGCCAAUACAGUUCGCAUCAACAUGGCAAAUGCUCUGAGAGUGUCUGUGACAGACCACACUUAUGAAGGCUGCAGACUGAUGAUUUCUGCAAGUAAUCUUCAACUACCCAUGGAAGCUGGUUUGGUGGAAUUUACAAAAAUUAGCCAGAAAUUGAAAUUAGAUUGGGAUAAUGUUCAUAAGCAUUUGGAUGAAUAUGCUGCAAUUGCAGUUGCCUCAAAAGGAGGGAAGAUAGGAAUUGAAGAGUUUUCAAGUUAUCUAAAACUCCCACUUUCAGAGCCCUUGAGACAACUUUUCACCCUGUUUGACAGGAAUAGUGAUGGCAGCAUAGACUUCAGAGACUACGUGAUAGGUCUGACUGUCCUUUGCAAUCCUACCAACAGUGAAAAGAUUCUGCAAAAGUCCUUUAAGCUUUUUGAUCUUGAUGAGGAUGGUUACAUAGCAGAAAAAGAGUUUGCUGCUAUUCUUUGGGCAGCUUUUGGAGUGCCAGAUCUUGAUGUUUCCAGAAUCUUUCAGGAAAUAGCUGGACAGAACUCAUUACACAUUUCAUACAAAAGCUUUAAGAAAUUUGCCCUGAAGCACCCAGAAUAUUCCAAGUUAUUUAAUUCAUACCUGUACCUCCAGGCAGCCUAUAUAUACUCAUUACCACAAGAAGAACAGUUUUAA